AUGCUUGAGAAUAUAAUUGAUGAAGUGCAUCAAAAUCAAUCACAACCACCACGUAAUCAACAAUCACUAUCAUCUUCAAAUUUGAAUCCUAUUGGUCAUCUUCUUCCGUCGGUUAAAUCAAAUUUUGGAGGAAACCAUUCGACGACACAAGGGAAUUAUCUUCCCGGCAGGGAGAAUAAGUUAGAAAGAUAUUAA